CUUCAAUCAUUCUUCCUUUAGACCAACAACAAUCUAUUCAUCAUAUCUUGGUCUUGCUUAAGGAAUCGGUUCUACCUUUUCUGUCUCUUUUUUCUCACCCUUUAUGCAAUUCUCCAUCCUCGAUCUAACCAGUAUGACGGUACACUACACGCUCACAUUCAUGCUCCUUUGUCUUGAGGCUUUGGUCUUCUUGGCUUUAAUCUUCCCUCUACCUUUCAAGAUGCGUAGAGCAGUUUUCCGAUUCUUUGGUACGAAUCCAAUCGUCGGUCAAGUAUUGUAUUGCAUCAAGAUAUCAAUCAUCUUUGUUUCAAUCUUCUUUGUUGAUGCAGUACGUCAACUACUCCGCGUAAUGGAAGAUAGAAGGGAUGCAAAACAAGCCCUUGGCGUUCGUGAUUCAGCUCAUCAUGAUCUUUUGGUCAAAUUGGCAUUCGCUCAAAGAAAUUGUUAUUUGUGCGGUUUCACUUUGUUUUGCUCUUUGAUCCUUUCGCGUACAUACUCAUUGGUCAAUGAAUUGAUCGAUACUCAAACUCAAUUGGAACAAGUUCGUAAGAAUUCGAGCGGUUCGGGUAGCGCAGAUGCUGCCACUCUCAAAAAGCAAGUUGGUCAACAACAAGAAGAAUACAACCGUUUAUCCGACGAAUUGAACCAAACCAAAGGACAACCUGUUCGUGGCAAGGCUGAUUGAUUUGCCAAUCAUACGACCUGCCAGCUUACACCCAACCUCACAAUAGUCAAUAAAAUGUGUUUUCCACAAUUGUUGAAUCCAAUGAAAAUUAAAAAUACAAUGUAUUGAUUUGUACAGAAUGCAAUUCUCAUCUUUUUUUUUGCCUUUUCAAAUGCU